GCAGAAGAACUGCAGUUAUGAAUAAGUUUGCUCUGCCCCCACAGCUGUGUCAGAAAAGCUGCAAAGCCAGUCAUCAGCCGAUUUUGGCUUCCUGCUGUUUUUUCAUCCAGAGUGGUUUUCAGGCCAUGCAGAUCGCUCUAAAGAGAAUUCAGUUAUACUCUAUGCAGUCUGCUUUGCUGACUUGCUUUGGAGGAGUCAUUUUUUGAAGCAGUCUGUUUUUGUUUGCAUUUCUUUCCGUUCCAUGAGCAGUGUUGGUUCAUCAUUUCUACCCUGCUAUGUGUUCCAGUGAUUACAGAGUAAGGUUUUUCUUUUUUGGUCUUCUGAUUUUACACCCUGAAAGCAUGAAAGUUUCUUGUGAAGCCUUUCUCAAGAAAGAAGAUGCACUAAAUUUCCUUGUCCAAAGACAGAAGCGGGCCAACAGCGGUCUGGAAGAAAUAAGAGUUGGUAGUGUAGAACGUGAGUGCUUGGAAGAAAGAUGCUCUCUGGAAGAAGUGAGAGAAAUAUUUGAACACCCAGGCAAAGUAGAGGAGUUCUGGAGAGUAUAUGGUGAUGGUGAUCAGUGUGCUUCUAACCCAUGCCAAAAUGGAGGAACGUGUGUAGACCAGACAAAUGCGUAUGUAUGUUAUUGCUUAGAAGGCUAUGAAGGGAGAAACUGUCAGACAGCAAUUGAGGAUUACCUGCACUGCAUUUAUGACAAUGGUGGAUGUGAACAUUUCUGCAUUGAGAAAGGAGACGCCAUCCGAACCUGUGAAUGUGCCGAAGGAUAUGUUCUUGCAGAAAAUAAUAUAUCCUGCAUUCCUAAUGUGAGAUACCCUUGUGGGAGGAUUGUUGUAACAGAAAGGGAAGGACCUGUAAAUGAAUCAAACGGAAGGAUAGUGGGAGGUAAAGAAUGCCUUGCAGGAGAAUGUCCCUGGCAGGCUCUUCUGAAUUAUGAAGAAGAAUCUUUAUGUGGUGGUGUUUUGCUUAAUUCACUGUGGGUUGUAACGGCAGCUCACUGUGUGUUGAAGAGAUUUGCUUCACAUUUUCUUGUUCUACUGGGAAAGCAAUACAGAGAUACGAAAGAAGACACUGAGCAAGUUCGAGGUGUUGCAAAUAUAAUAAUUCAUGAAAAUUAUUCUGAAUUUACCUUUGACAAUGACAUAGCAUUGCUACAGUUAAAGGAUCCAGUUAUUUACACUGAUUUUGUGAUACCCAUUUGUUUGCCCAGGAAAUUUUUGGAAAUGCAACCAAUUUCAGCAGUGAAAUUUUCGACAGUCAGUGGAUGGGGAAAAUAUUCUGAGAUGGGCCCUCAAGCCAAUAUUCUUCAGAAGGUUCAAGUUCCACGCAUAAAGAAUAAGGAAUGCAAAGAACAGAGUAAAUUACCAAUUACAGAUAACAUGUUCUGUGCAGGAUUCCAAGAUGGUCACCAUGACUCUUGUAAAGGAGACAGUGGAGGACCGCAUAUUACAAAAUACAAAAACACAUGGUUUUUGACAGGAAUUGUAAGUUGGGGAGAUGGCUGUGCAAAACAAAACAAGUACGGCAUAUACACAAGGAUAUCAAGGUAUAUUGACUGGGUGAAAUAUUUUGUAUUAUAAUUUAUUCCAGAAUUUUUAAGAGUUAUCCAAUUAAAAAUUCUAUAUUGCA